AUAUAUAUAUAUAUACACACACGAAAAGUAUAAUAUCGAAAAGCAAGGGAAAGGUAAAAAACGAAGGAUAAAAGAAGUUUUUGAAAAUACUCGAAAAGAGGAUAUACCAAGUCGCUCGUUCUGUCAUUUAUCGUUAUCCUCGAUUUCGGUGAGGAGCACGGUUAUUUUUCUUUGGGGGGGUCGAGGGGAAAAACGGGGGGGUGGUGGUGCUCAUUUCGUUUUGACUACGUCCGUACGAAAGUCUGAUAAUCGGAAGGAGGUUGGAAGAAAAAGGACGGGAGAGUGAAGGAGGCCCUGUGGGCUCUCUAAGAAUUCUUUCUCGUACCCUCUCUUUUCUUCCUUCGCGUUUACCUCGAUUCGAGAAUUUCGGCUGCCAAUUCGUUUCUCAUACGGCCUGAGGACAAAUACACGGGAUACGCUGGAAAGCGCGACGAGAUAAGGUAUGAGUACCAUGGAUCCUGCCGGGGACGGGGGAGGGGGAGUCCCUGGCAACACAGAGCAACACUCUACGGCCAUGACCAACUCCAUUAAUCAGCAACAGCAACAUCCACCUCCCUCACCGCUAAGCGGAUGUUACCUCCUUGUGGUACUUCCGGAACCUCACACAGCACAACACAAGGAUCUGAUCCUUAAUCGACUGGCAAAGGGAUUCUUGUCCUGGGACAAGGACAGCUGCCACGUGGAUCUCGAAAAAGAAUUGCAGGCACUGGUGGCGCAGGCACCCGAAGGAGAGGAGGCUAGAAAUGGCGAACGACUAAUACAAUACGCUACGGAGAAUCUCGUAACGGAAGUACUGAUACACCCACAGACAAAUACACUUCUACAGUGUAUUAGAAAUCUUCUGGCAAGCUUCACCAAGCACCGACACAUUAUUCACGCUGGUUACACAUUCAGCGGUAAUGGUUCCUGGAUACUACAGGAUGGAACCUUCAGUCUUGCUGACUUUCUGGAUGCGUUCAGCGAACACGAGGUGCAACGCGUUCUCCGUGCAUAUGAAAAUAGCGUUACCGUCGACAUCCACUGCGCCGCCGUUGGAGACUGGACGACCAGUCGUCUGUCCAAGGAAUCAUGCACUAGGUCCUGCAGGGUGAGAGUCAAUCCUGAUGACGUACUGACAGCUGGUGUCCCGGCAAUCACCAGUUUCACCAGCUACUUGGAACAGUACCUGGUUGCUCAGACUUUGGAUCAGCUGAUGGAACCUUCCGACGUCGUCGGGAAUAUUCGAUUUAGUCAUCCGACCCUCUAUGUCUUCCCCGGCGGUCAGGGCGACGCCGCCCUCUUUGGCAUCAAUGGGUUCAACAUGCUCGUUGAUGGCGGAUUCGCGAGGAAGGCCUGUUUCUGGGACUUUGCUAGGCACCUUGACAGACUGGACGCCGUCCUGGUCACCAGGAUCAACAAUAGCAACAUCGGUGGAAUUUCCAGCGUUUUGCGCAAGAAGAGGGAGAUGCACGUCUAUCCCCAGAUUGGACACUUUUUCUGUAAUUUAAUGGAGAGGAGACAGGCGAAUUCACCGGAUGGUGACAAGGACGUUGAUCCUUUGAUCCUUAAUCUCACGGACAUUGGACAGGAGAUGAUGGUGAAUCUUCGCCAUAUUGGUCUACGUCCGCAUCCUUGUUAUCGGGAUCCUGAACCUAUUAACCUUUAUCAUAAGGUCGGACAUGGUACCCUGGACAUGUACGUCCUUAGUCCAAGCAAGGACAGUCGCGAGGUCCGUGAAUUCCUGGCGAAGUGGCACGCGUCGGACUCGAAGCUGUUCGCUGGGUCGCAUAAGAAGGAUUCGAAUAAUUUGAUAUUCCCGAUUCAGAACUUAGUCUCGAUCUGCGCGCUUUUAGUCUGGCAGCCAGCGAAUCCUGAAGAUACUAUCACCAGGAUCCUCUUCCCGGGAUCGACGUCUCAGAGCAAGAUCUUCGAAGGCCUAGAAAGACUGAAGCAUCUGGACUUCCUGAAGCAGCCCGUCUGCUCGGCCAAGAGCCUGUCGCCGUCUACCUCAUUGGCCGUCUUGAAAGACAAGCCUAGUAAGAAAUUGGGAUCCAUUGAAAAGGAAACGAAGAAGAUAACGGAGAUGAGGAAGGAGAAGAUGGAGUCAAAGAUUAGCAAGGAAGAGUCGCCGCCGAAGAGCGUCAGUUCGACGCCUAUUAUACCUACGAAGCAACCUGCCAAGGUUGAGGUCAAGACCAAGAAGGUGGCUGAGAAUAGGAAGAUUGAGAAGGAGCUGAAGGAGGUCAAGGAGGUCAAGGAAGCGAGGGAGAUAAAGAAAGAGGUGAAGAAGGAAUCUGUUAAGAUCGAGAAGCAGGACGAGACGAAAAAGACUGAUGCCAUCAAGACGGAAAUUGAUAAGACUGCCGUCGCUAAGGAUGCCAAAGCGACGAAACCCGAGCCAAAGAAGAAAGAAGUGAAAGAAGCAAAACCUGCGGUGAAGUCUAGCAAACCGGAAGCGAAGAGCACUAAGUUGAUGGAGAAGAAGAGCAAACCGCCCGGGGAGAAGAAGGACAUUAAAUCCUCUCCGACUACUCCAAAAAGGACUCUGAAUGGCUCAGCCUCGAAAGUUGAGUUAACGAAAGCUACCGCGAAGACUAUCUCCAGGACUAUGACGAGCAAGCCGUCCUCUGCGACGCCAGCCAAGAGCGCAAAGGACGCCAAUAACAGAAAGGUCGUCGCACAGAAACACAUUGAGAUGUCUACGGCAGGAGCUACCACAGGAACAGGUGUGUCAAGGACCCUGGCUAAACCAAAACCAGCUGAGAGAAAGUCCAUUAGUCGCAGAGGAAAACCCGCAAGUCCCAGCAAGGCCAGACUUCCUGGUAGCCCGGCUAAGUCAACCAGAAGCACUCCAACGGCCUCUGUAAAGUCUGAAAAAGAUGGCGUUAUCAGAGGACUCGCCAGGAAAGGCGAUAAGGGUACUACAGACUCCUCGACCGUAUCGACGCCUUCUGCGAUCGAGCCCGAAUCCGUUGUGAAGCUUGUAGAGAAAUCCGAAGAUCUAUCCUUGGAUUCUAUCGAGAGUAAGGUCUUGGCUGACCUUAAGGAGGAGAGAGAAGUCGUAGAAGAGAUCGAAGCAGUUCUUAAUAAAGCAGAGAGAAUUGAAGAGGCUCGCAAGGAUGAUCAUCUCGAGGGUGAUGAUGAGAUUACUGCUGAAGCAACUGAUAAGAAGGAUGAGGACAUGACCGAGGAAGAUGUCACUGCUGAAAUCGAAGAUGCGCCAAAGAAAGUCGCUUCCAGAAAAGAAAGUCAGGAACUCACGGAGGAGGAUGAGUAUCUGAUUGUGGAGAAGGAGGAGAUUUACAAUGAGGAUUCCGUCAUAAGUGGCGACGGCGAGCAGAAGCAUCUUCUAGACGAAGUCGAGUCCGAGAAGGUCAAAGCUAUUGUCGAGGCUAAAGACGAAGUGAAGGAAGAAGCUGAAGAGAAGAAGGAUGAGAUACCAGAGAAGAGAUUGGAGUUUGCUGCUGAAAAGGAUGAGGUUGUUCCUGAAGGUUAUCAAGAAUCUGAGAAGGACCUGUCCCCGGAGCACAAGGAGCAAUUAGAAGAGGAACUGAAAGGCAUAAUUGCUUCGGCUACAGAAAUUGUGCAAAAAACGGAAGAGAAGGAUGAUUCCGGUAAAAAGGAUAGCGAAGACAUCACCAAGGAGCCAUCCAGUCUGAGUCCUGACAAGUUUGAUUCCUCUGAGAAAAAGACCACUGACACAGACCUCAAACCUGAAGUAGACCAAAAAGAACCUAUUCAAGAAAAACUGGAAGAGUCUCAAGAGAGGGUCUCCACUUUAGAGUCUGGUGCUACCACCACGGCCCCGACCCUUCCAGAGGAUGAAAGAAUCCCCCUGGAUGAGAUCAAGGAGGACAUCAACGAGAAGUAUGCCAAGGAAGAAGUGAAGGAGAAAGAGGCUCCUCCUAAGGUCAAAGAAAUCUUUCCACAGCCAACCCCAAGCAUAGUUAAACCUGAAGUCAAAGUAUUCGAUGUGCGCCAAAGUGUUCCAACGCUUCAGCGCGACAUUGUAAAGACUCCCGAUGAAGUUGCUGACCUUCCAGUUCAUGAAGAAGUUGACCCCAAAUUGUACAGAAUGGAAGACUUCGAAAAAGAUAAGGAAGAGAAGGUCCAAGCCGCUGCGUCCCAAGACCUUAAGGAACCAGAAACUCCACCAGUCAAAGAGCAAAAAGGUGUCUUCAGUUUUUUCGGUAAAGUUGCCGAUAGGUUUGAGAAAGGCAUCGAUAAGCUCACUGGAAAAUCGAAGAGGGAUGCUGAGAAGGACGAGGAAAAAUCCAGUUCGAAAUCAAGUUCACCUAAAGAGGUCAAACCUCAAGAGAAAGCAAUUUUCGAGGAAAUUAAACCACCGGAAAAGACUACCGAGAAAGAAGUCGACAUGGAAAAGAUGUUCCCUAAGGUUGGCAAGAUUGAGAAGUCUGAAUUGUUCGAACAGGCUGUGCCUAAGGUCAUGGACGUUAAGGUUGCCGCGAUAAAGGAUACUGCUGCUUUCCUUCAGGAGGAGAUCCAAGAUACCAUCAGGAAAGAGGUCGGUGUUGAUUUAUCUAAGGUCAAGCCUGCACCAGCAGUUCAAGCGGUCACUGAAAUUAAGGAUGACGAAGUUAAGGAAAUAUUAUCGAAUGCAGAAAUUAAGGCCCAAAACAUCAAGGACGAAGAGGCCAUCGAAGACGCGAAAGAGGUUGAAGCGCUUCUCGAAGAGGCUUCAAAGAAAUUCAAAACUGUCAAAGACAGCCUUAGGGAUUCCUUAGAGUCCUUGGAGGAGAAAAUCGAACAGGAAGGUAUAGCACAAAGAGCUCAGGACAUCGAUGCUAAGGAUGCCGUUAAGGAUACCCUCGCUGGCGUCGUGGAGAGACUCGAAGAAAUCCAGCCUCGUCUCGACGGAGCAUCUUCAGAGAGCAAGGAGCCUGAGAAGGUAAAGUUCGAUAUUCCCAGGUGUAAGGACCUUGAGGACUUCGAAGAAGAGAUCUUCGAAGGUCCUGUAAGAGAUCUCAAGGAAGCUGUCAGGGACGUUGGCGAAGUUCUAGCUGGUACCGCUGGUAUCGAAAUAGACGACAAACCAAAAGACGUAAUCGAAAUCGUAAAGAAGGUUGCUGAGGUCCUCAAGGAUGACGACUUCCUUUCGGAGAAAAUCCUCUUCCAAGAAUCUGAGAAGUUACAAGAAAAAGAAAAAGCAGAUAAACCCGAAGAUAAAAUCACAGAGGACAAAAUUCAGGAAGAGUCCAAAGUUCAGGAAAAACCUCAAGAGAAAGUGCAUAAACCUGAAGGGCCAUCCGACAAAGAAAAUGAGAUCAGUGACCUUAAGGACGCCAAAGGGCUUCCUGAGGCUAAAGAGAUCAAAGAGGUCAAGCCUGUCCUCGAGGAUGUGAUCAUACCCAAAAAGGUCGGCAUAACCGAGGAGUUACCUCCCCAAGAGGAAAUAGAAGAGAUGCUACAAAGUGACAUUGUUCAUCCUUUGCCGGUCUAUGAGAGAGCGGACGGUGUCGAAGUACUGGAAGAGCCAUGCAUCAAGGUCAUAAAGGACAAAGGAAUAGAAUUAACUUCACCAACUAGGGAGCCUGAGAAAAGCACCAAGGAAAUUUGCGAAGAAUUGCUAAUCAAGGACGAUGUCCUCCUGUCCAGGAAAAGAAGAAGUAUUAUCGAGGAAGAGAAUAAAUCCCUUGACGAUUUCGCUGGUAAGGUCGACGUCAUGGAAGCUGGCCUGGAAGAAUCCUGUGUUAAGAAAGAAGUAAAGAGGUCCGAAAAACCUGAAGACGAGGAGGAUAAAAUUGAAGAGCCUGAAAUACUCUUUCAACAGAAGCUCUCACCUGGUAAGGCCGAGGUCGUCAUGGUGACACCUGACUCUGCACCGACUUCGCCUAAAUUUGCACUUGAAAAAACAGACGAACAUGAAUUCGAGACAAGGUUCAAGGAGUUACCCUCUGAAAUCAAGGAAGUUCUAUCCAGUAAGGACAAGCUCGAGGAUGUCAUCGAGGAAUUGAUUGUCACCAGGAGGACCAGGGUCACCAUUGAGAUCAUAGAGUACAUUACUGUAGUGAGGCGUGUACCUAGAGAACGUCUUAUUUAUAUCAUUGAAGAGAUUAUCGUUAAGAACGGUAUCCCAAGGGAGGAUGUCCUUGACGAACAGGUUUAUAAGGAUGGAUCCGUUCCUCUUCUAAAGAGGAUUCAGGUCGAGGAGUAUAUUAUUGAAGAGUACAUAACUAAAGGAAUCAGAAUAACGAUUAGUAUCGUUGAAGAAAUUUCCAUCAGGAUGUCGGUACCAAGAAGAGUGGUUAUUGAGAUCAUUGAAGAAAUUGUUAUUAAGCGUAAAUUAACGAAGGAGAAGGUCCUGAAUAUGAUGGAUGAAGAAUUAUCUUUGAUCUUAGAGAAGGAUGAAGGUGUACCUGUUUCCGUGGCUAAGGACGAGAAGAGAAAGUCCAUCUUUGCUGAGGUCCUUGAUGAGAAGGUGGAUAGUCACUUAGUAAAUGUCAAGGAUGUUGAAGAGGAUAAAAUUGUUGAUGGGUUUGUCAGUAUUCCUUCGAAGGAUUCUGUUUCCGUAAUUCUCAAGGAUGACAGAGAUAUUCCAUUAAAGGACAAAAAAGACCUUAAGGAUCUAAAAAAUCAAGAAAAGGAUCUUGCGGAUGAUUUUGAGGCCGUUGAAGAAGAAUACAAAGUUCGUGAAGUUCCCGUUACUACUGCUGGAUCUCUUCCUGCGGAAGUCCCUAGCAAGACUAAGGACGAGGUUGAGGAGGCUCUUGAAGAUGAAGCGAGUGAAGUUGUUGAGGCUGAUGAAAAGAUUUCGACGAUUAUUAAAGAUAUCAAGGAGGUUCAGGACGUGGUUAAAGAAGCAGAGGUCCUUUCAGACGCUUCCGAGGUUUCUGAUGUUGUUGAUACUACAGAGAAAUAUUUGGACGAGGCCAAGGAGAAGACUGCCGAUGUUAAACCUGAACACAUCAGGGUCGAAGAGGUUAUCGAUAAGCAAGAGGUCCCUGAAAUCGAUGCCGCUAAGGAUAUCGCAAAAGAGAAAAUUGAGGUCGACAAAGAUAAGCUUGACCUGAAGGAUCAUGUAGAGGAGGUCAAGAAAGAUACAGUUGAGUCCGAUAAGCCGGAGAAAUCUGAGGUCGUUGAGAAAGGCGAAGAAGUUCUCAAAGAUUUCACGGAUAUUAAGGUCGCAGGAACACAAGUUAAGGAUAUUGAGGUCCUUCCAGAGAAGAAGGAGAUAACAAAGGAUGAUUUGAAGGAACCCUUGGAAGAGAAGACAGUACUCGAGAAGGUUGUGAGUCCAGAAGAAAUGACAGAGAAAGUUGAUGUCCUAACGCAAAAAGAAAAGCCUAAGGACCUAGUGGAUAAAAUUUCUAAGGACACAGUGUCUCCUGUGCAGGAUAAAAAGGAGGUUGUGACAUUGGAAAAGAAAACAGUCCCUGAGGAUUCAAAGGAUAAAAUUCCUGAAAAGAGAUUAUCCAUGGAUAUUUCAGAAAUUCUAAAGGACAUCAAGGCCCCUGCGAGUCCUGAAAUUCCUCAAUCAGUAGAAUCAAUUGUGAAAGAUCUAAAGAAGGAUGACGUAGUUCCUCCAAAGGAUGUUACAGAAACACCAGAGAAGGCGCUGCCAGAAACAAAAUUGGCUGAUGCCACAGGACGUGCGAUGGAACCAGAACCAAAGGAACAAAUUUCUGAGGUAACUAAAAUUGAGAAAGGUCGUGAGAGUCCUGUAGAGGAUACUGUACGUACCAAGAGAAGCAUCAAAGAAUCAACGGAAGAAGACCAAUUUCCAGAAGAAAAAGAUUCAGAAGAUGAAUCAAAGGCUCUUCAUGAAACUUUGUCCAAGGACGACAGCACAGUGCGCCGCAUGCUUGUGACUGCCAGUAGCGAAGAUGGCGGACAGGAGACGGUAAUCUGUCCGGUUGGAAGUAUCACAUUUACUAAGACGGUGACGCCUGAUGACUCUUUGAAAGAUGUUUCAACGAAAUCAACUCCUGAAAAGGACUCUCUAGUGCUAGAUAAGGAUUCUUUGCGCUCGGGAGAGAGCACGCCGGAAAGAGAUAGUAUUUCGGGAAAGUCCACGCCAGAUAUUCGGGAUACCGACAAAAUUACGCCAGAAGACAGCUUGGACAAGUCGCCUAUUGCUCAUAGAGACUCGCAGGAGCUGGAGGAUAGUUUAGAAAAGUCACCGAGAAGCAUAGAUAAAUCUGUACCAGUAUCUUUUGCUGCAGAAAUGUCAGGCUCUAAAUCUACUCAAAUUUUGGAAGUCAAACAAACUUCCUCAACGGAAGUCCCAGAAGACAAACAAAUUUCUCCCAUUAAAAAGAUCUCUGAAGUUCCUUCUACAGAGAAACUGGAAAGCAAAGAAACUUCUCCAAUAGAAAUGUCUGAAAUUAAAGAAAUAUCGUUGGUCGAAAAGAAAAUUCCUCUGACGGAAAAACCUUCAAUCUCGAAAGCAUCACCGGUAGAUACAUUUGAAACAAAGAUAGUUUCUCCAUUAGAUAAAUCUGAGAGAAAAGAACUUUCUCCUAUGGAGAAAGUCGAACUUAAAGAAUCUCUGGAAAAAUCUGAUAUCAAAGAAAUUCCGUCAGUAACAGACUCAGUAGUGAAGGAAACUUUCAUAGAGGAUGAAAUGAAGGCUAAGACUCUAAUUGACAAACCAAAUGAAACUGAUAAAACCAAAGUUCCUAGUGCAGUCAUUAACAAGUUUGAAGAUCUUAGAGUUGCAGAUUUACAAGAAAAAGAAAAAUUGGAAAUUAAGCUAAGAUCAUCGAGCAUUGUUGGUGAAGAAACACAAGAGAAGUCUCGUACGCCAAGCCCGUCCGAAUCUGAGAAAUCAUUACGAGCCGAGAAGGCGGAUAUAAAACCACAAGUUCCUACAAGCCUGACUAUUAAACCAGAAGAAAUAAUCACGGUUGCAUCGACAGCAAUGGAUGUAAAACCAGCUAUCGAUAUCACUGAUACGCAGGUCGAUAAGUCAAGGUCACCUAUUAUCGCUGGAGAUAAACUACAAGAAAAAGAACCUCUUGAGAAAUCCAGAUCGCCCAGCAUUGUUGGUGAUAAACCUGAGGAGAAAGAACCAGCAGAUAAAUCUAGAUCACCCAGUAAUGCUGGUGAUAAGCCAGCAGAAAAAAUAUCAACUGAUAAAUCCAGAUCACCCAGUAUUACUGGUCAUAAGCCAGAAGAAAAAAUACUAGAUGAUAAAUCUAGAUCACCCAGCAUUGUUGGUGACAAACCUGAGGAGAAAGAACCAGCUGAUAAAUCCAGAUCCCCCAGUAUUGCUGGAGAUAAACCAGAAGAAAAGGUACCAACUGAUAAAUCCAGAUCACCCAGUAUUGCUGGAGAUAAACCAGAAGUAAUGGCAGCAGCAGAUAAAUCUAGAUCGCCAAGUAUUGCUGGAGAUAAACCAGAAGAAAAGGUACCAACUGAUAAAUCCAGAUCACCCAGUAUUGCUGGAGAUAAACCAGAAGUAAUGGCAGCAGCAGAUAAAUCUAGAUCGCCAAGUAUUGCUGGAGAUAAACCUGAGGAGAAAGAACCAGCAGACCAAUCCAGAUCACCCAGUAUUGCUGGAGAUAAACCAGAAGUAAUGGCAGCAGCAGAUAAAUCUAGAUCGCCAAGUAUUGCUGGAGAUAAACCUGAGGAGAAAGAACCAGCAGACCAAUCCAGAUCACCCAGUAUUGUUGGAGACAAACCAGAAGAAACGGUACCAGCUGAUAAAUCUAGAUCACCAAGUAUUGCUGGAGAUAAACCUGAGGAGAAAGAACCAGCAGACCAAUCCAGAUCACCCAGUAUUCCUGGAGAUAAACCAGAAGAAACGGUACCAGCUGAUAAAUCUAGAUCACCCAGCAUUGCUGGUGAGAAACCUGAGGAGAAACAACCAGCAGACCAAUCCAUAUCACCCGGUAUUGCUGGUGACAAACGUGAAGAGAAAGAACCAGGUGAUAAAUCCAGAUCACCCAGUAUUGCUGGUGAUAAGCCAGAAGAAAAAGUACCAACCGAUAAGUCUAGAUCACCCAGCAUUGUUGGUGAUAAACCUGAGGAGAAAGAACCAGCUGAUAAAUCCAGAUCACCCAGUAUUGCUGGAGAUAAACCAGAAGUAAUGGCAGCAGCAGAUAAAUCUAGAUCGCCAAGUAUUGCUGGAGAUAAGCCAGAAGAAAAGGUACCAGCUGAUAAAUCCAGAUCACCCAGCAUUGCUGGUGACAAACCUGAGGAGAAAGAACCUGCUGAUAAAUCUAGAUCACCCAGUAUUGCUGGAGAUAAACCAGAAGUAAUGGCAGCAGCAGAUAAAUCUAGAUCGCCAAGUAUUGCUGGAGAUAAGCCAGAAGAAAAGGUACCAGCUGAUAAAUCCAGAUCACCCAGCAUUGCUGGUGACAAACCUGAGGAGAAAGAACCUGCUGAUAAAUCUAGAUCACCCAGUAUUGCUGGAGAUAAACCAGAAGUAAUGGCAGCAGCAGAUAAAUCUAGAUCGCCAAGUAUUGCUGGAGAUAAACCAGAAGAAAAGGCACCAGCAGAUAAAUCUAGAUCGCCAAGUAUUGCUGGAGAUAAGCCAGAAGAAAAAGUAACAGCUGAUAAAUCCAGAUCACCCAGCAUUGCUGGUGACAAACCUGAGGAGAAAGAACCUGCUGAUAAAUCUAGAUCACCCAGUAUUGCUAGAGAUAAACCAGAAGAAAUGGCACCAGCAGAUAAAUCUAGAUCGCCAAGUAUUGCUGGAGAUAAGCCAGAAGAAAAGGUGCCAGCUGAUAAAUCCAGAUCACCCAGCAUUGCUGGUGACAAACCUGAGGAGAAAGAACCUGCUGAUAAAUCUAGAUCACCCAGUAUUGCUGGAGAUAAACCAGAAGUAAUGGCAGCAGCAGAUAAAUCUAGAUCGCCAAGUAUUGCUGGAGAUAAGCCAGAAGAAAAGGUACCAGCUGAUAAAUCCAGAUCACCCAGCAUUGCUGGUGAUAAACCUGAGGAGAAAGAAGCAGCUGAUAAAUCCAGAUCAUCCAGCAUAGUUGGUGACCUACCAGAUGAUAAGGGACCAUUAGAUAAAUCAAUAUCGCCUAGCAUAGCUUGUGAAGAAUCGUCCGAGAAGAAAGAACCAAGUUUGUCAAAGUCCCCCAGUAUUAGUAGUGAUAAACCCUACGAGAAGGAACCAAUCGAUCUAUCAAAGUCUACUAGUAUUGCUGGUGAGAUUGUUGACGUAAAACGACUAGCAGGGAUAUCAGUUGAUAAACCUAUAUCCCUGAAUCUCAUUGGUGAUAAGCCGAUAAAACAAGAACCUGUUGAUAAAUCACGAUCACCUAGUAUUGCUGGAGACAAGAUUAUAGAAAUUGAAUCAGCGGGUAUGUCGAAAUCACCUAGUAUUAUCAGUGACCAACUUGGCGAUAAGGAACCAAUUGAAAAAUCAAGGUCACCAAGCAUCAUCAGCGACAAGCCUGAUGAGAAACUUCAUAUUAGUGGAUCAAAAUCUCCCAGCGUAGCUGAUGAUAAAAUAGACGAAGUGGAACUAACGGAUAAAUCAAGAUCACCAAGUAUCGUCAGUGACAAACAUGACGAUAAAGAUCAUGUCGGUGGAUCAAAAUCUCCAAGCUUAGUUGGUGACAGGGUCGAAGAAAAGGAUCAUAUCAGUGGCUCGAAAACACCUAGCAUCGCCGGUGAUAAAAUAGAUGAGAAAGAUUUGGACGAUAUAUUAAGAUCAACAAGUGCCCUCAGCGAUAAACCUGACGAAAAAAAUCAGAUUAUUAGUUCGAAAUCUCCAAGUGUUGCUGGAGAUAAGAUUGAUGAAAAGGAAUUAAUAGACAGACUAACGUCAGCGAUUACUUGUGAGAAGCCGGAGAGAGAUAGCAUAAGUGAAUCCAAAUCUUCAAGUCUAGCUGGUGACAAGAUCAAUGAAAAGGAUCAUGUUAGUGGUUCAAGAUCUCCGAGUAUAGCUGGUGAUAAAAUUGAUGAAAAAGAGUUGAUACAGAAAUCAAGAUCACCAAGUGUCGACAGCGAUAAGCCCGACGAGAAGGAUCAAAUCAGCGAAUCAAAAUCUUCAAGCAUAGCUGGUGAUAAGAUUGAUGAACAUUCGAAGGAUCACGUAAGUGGCUCCAAGUCGCCUAGUAUUGCUGGUGAUAGGCUUGAUGAAAUGCACCCAACUAGCAGGUCAAGAUCAUCAAGCAUCGUCAGUGACAAGCCUGACGAUAAAGAUCAAGUCGGUGGUUCAAAAUCCCCUAGAGUAGCUAGUGAUAAGAUUGAUAAUAAAGAGCCAAUUGAUAAGUCAAGGUCACCAAGUAUUGUCAGUGACAAACUCGAUGAGAAAUAUCAUAUUGAUGACUUAAGGAUUCCAAGUGCAGCUGGUGAUAAAACUGAUGAAUCGGAACCAAGUGCCAAAUCACGAUCAACAAGUGUCAUCAGUGACAAGCCUGAUGAAAAGGAACAGGUCAGUGGGUCAAGAUCUCCCAGCAUUGCUGGUGACAAAAUCGACGACAAAGAACCAAUUGACAAAUCACGAUCAGCAAGCAUCGUGAGUGACAAACCAGAUGAGAAAGAUCACAUUAGUGCUUCAAAGUCUCCCAGUUUGGCUGGUGACAAAAUUGACGAGAUGGAACCAACAGAUAAGUCACGAUCACCAAGCAUCGUCAGUGCCAAGCCAGACGAGAAAGAUGACAUCAGUAGAUCAAAAUCUCCGAGCAUAGCUGGUGACAAGAUCGAUGAAAAGGAUCAUACCAGUGGUUCAAAAACUCCCAGCAUCGCUGGUGACAAAAUAGAUGAAAAAGACUUGGAUGUCAGAUUAAAAUCACCAAGUGCGCUCAGCGAUAAAUCUGACGAGAAAGAUCACAUUGCUGGUUCAAAAUCGCCCAGCAUUGCUGGUGAUAAGAUUGACGAAACACAAGCAGCUCAGAUGUCACGCUCAUCAAGUAUUGUCAGCGACAAACCAGACGAAAAAGAUCGCAUUAUUCACUCAAAAUCUCCCAGCGUAGUUGACGAUAACAAGAUCGAUGAAAAGGAUCACAUCAGUAGCUCAAAGUCUUCCAGCAUAGCUGGUGAUAAAAUUGACGAAAUAGAUCCAGCCGACAAGUCACGAUCACCAAGCGUUUUCAGUGACAAGCCCGACGACAAGGAAGAGAUCAUUAGAUCAAAAUCUCCUAGUAUAGCUGGUGACAAAGUGGAUGAAAAGGAUCACAUCAGUGGCUCCAAAUCUCCCAGCAUAGCCGGCGAUAGAAUUGAUGAAACCCAUGUAGCUGACAAAUCACGAUCACCAAGUAUCAUCAGCGACAAGGCAGACGAGAAAGACCAUGUCAGUGGAUCAAAAUCUCCCAGUAUAGCUGAUGACAAAGUCGAUGAAAAGGAUCACAUCAGUGGCUCAAAAUCUCCCAGCAUAGCCGGCGAUAAAAUUGACGAAAUCCAUGUAGCUGACAAAUCACGAUCACCAAGUAUCAUCAGCGAGAAAGCAGACGAGAAAGACCAUGUCAGUAGAUCAAAAUCUCCCAGUAUAGCUGGUGAUAAGGCUGACGAUGCCCAACCACUGGACAAAUCACGAUCAGCAAGUAUCGUCAGCGAGAAAGCAGACGUAAAAGAUCAUUUGAGUGGCUCAAAGUCUCCUAGCAUUGCUGAUGAGAAAGCAGAUGACAAGCACCUGGAAUUAGAUAAAGAACAGGAAAUCCUUGUCAAGGAUGCAGAAUCCGAUAAAAAGAUGGGCGCCUUGAGAUCGUCUAAGGACAGCUCACCCAUCGAAGAAAGAACACCAAAGGAUAGAUCAAGAUCACAUAGUCUCUUCGAGACUGGGGAGAAAACACCACUAGGUAGAUCAAGAGCUGCAAGUCUAUUUGAGGACAAAGUCCCAGAAAAGUUGAGUCUCCUUGAAGGAGUCAAAGGAGCAUUCGAGCAUUCCGCUAGCACCAGCAUCCUUGAAGAGAAAGAAGAGAUUAGAACGUCAUUCGACCAAGAAGAGGAUCAUACGAAGAUACCAAAGGACGAUUUGAAGACACCAGUGGACGAGACUAAGAAGCCGAAGGAAGCUCCAAGAUCCUUUGAGCAUCCUGAAGACUUCGUUGUUCCCGACGAAGUGGAGGACUUGAAGACCCCAUCGACGAGGAAGGAAGAUCAAGGAAGAGCAACGGAUCAAAUUAGUCCUAAGGCAGAGGAAUCGAAGGAAGUCGAAGACGACGACGAAGACCUGGAGGUACCCAUGGAGAAAAGAUCAGAAAUCGAAAAAUACAUAAUCGAGGAAUUCGUAAAUAAAAAACGAAAAGUUUCGUCGAAUGUCAUUGCGGAAAUUUAUAUAAUAAUGGACGUCCCCAGACACGUCAUCAUUGAGAUCAUUGAGGGGAUCAUAGUGAAGAAAGAUUUGGCACGGAACUCGAUCUUGGAAGAUGAAGAAGAAGGUGAUGAAGAGGAACCGAAGACUGAAGAACCAGACGCCCCUGUAUCCAAAAGACUCAGAAUUGAAAAAUACAUUUUGGAAGAGUAUGUAGCGAAAAAGCGCAAGAUCACUUCCAAAAUUGUUGAGGAGAUCAUAGUGAUUGAGGACGUGACUCGAUCACUGGUCAUGCAGAUUAUCAAUGAAAUCAUCAUAGGCCAUGGUCUCUGUAAGGAAACGAUCUUGAGUGAUCUUGAACCUGAUAUAGAAUUAUUGGAUGCGGAAUCGAGAAAAAAAUCAAUUACCGAAUCUAAACGAUCUAGUAUUUCAAGUGAAAGGAGUCAUGAGUCUGGUGUAUCAGGCAAGAUCACUCAUGAUCUAGAUCCUAAGGAUAGCGAUACAGAGUUAGAAAAAUCCAAAAAAUCAUCUCCCGAUCGUACCGCGCCGCAUAUUGACGAGGAAAUUUCAAUAUCCGAGGAAAAGCGUACGGAAGUUGAAAACUAUCUGAUCGAGGAUUACAUCUCGAAAGGCAAAAUCAUCACGGAGCAGAUCUUGCAAGAAAUAAUCAUAAAGAAAUCUUUGCCGCGUUACAUAAUCCUAGAAAUAAUAGAAGAAAUCAUUUUCAAGCGCAAGAUCAUUCGUCGCAACGUGAUCGACGAGACGAUCUUCCACGAAGAGGAUCUAUCGAUAGGAAAAGAUCACGAAGAGUCGUCAUCAAUUGAAAAAUCGUUAGAGGCAUCGGUACUGGAUCGUUUUCAAAGAUCACCGGAAGGAAAGUCAAGUCCCGAGGUAUCGUCGAUCAAAGAUCACGAAGAGUCAACGUCAAUUAUAGAUCGUCGGAAACGAUCGCUUGAUGAUCAAGAACCAGACACCGGAAAAUCGACACCGGACAUAUCAUCGGCAAGAGAUCGUAUCAUCGAUAUCUCUGGUAAAUCGACGCCCGAUCCAAAAUCGUCACUCUUUUCGGAAAAGUUUUCGGACAGGUCAGGAUACUCGACACCGGAAAUGCGUCAUUUUUAUGAGAAAUCUGGAAAAUCAACUCCCGAUUAUAGAACCGAAUAUGAGAGCCAAUUUCACAAAGCCUUCGUUGGCGGUAUUACAGAAAUUAGGACUACGCACAUCACAACACUUUCUGGUAAAUCCACCCCUGACUUUGCUGGACGAAGUGACACUCCUGAUUCUGAAGCAGCAGCCGCCAUUGCUACAACGACUGAUUGCGUUAAGGAAGGAAGUGAUGUCCUUGUGGAUGUCAUGGCUAAGGAUACGGAUACCGGAGAAUCUAAAGAAGCCGAUAAAUUUGUUACAGACUAUAUGAGCGCCAUUACUAGCACUAUAGCGACUGAUGGUAAAGACGUUUUGGUUGAUGUCCUGGCUAAAUCUUCUAGGGACUUGGAUAAAAUUUCUCCAGAAGUUACUAGCACUGUUACGACUUCUAGUGUCAAGGAGACAGGACUUUUUGAGAAAGAGGUUAAGGAGGUCAGUCAUGUUACUACUGAUACCUCGAGUAAGGUCACGACAUCGAUGCUUAAGGAAGAUAAGGAUAUUUUGGAAAAAGAAAUUAAAGAAGUUAAGGAGACUGGUAAGAUCGUCUCUGAACUUUCGGGUGCCAUUACGAGUACGUCGUUGACUGAAAGUAAAAAUGUACUUGUGGAUGUCGUGGCGAAGGAGACAAACCUAUCCAAGGAGACUAGUAAAGAAUUUUCGACAGUGACCUGGUCGACCUCAACGACAUCUUCCGUAUCACAAAUUGGUACCAAGCACGAAGUUCCGGAUGUGAAUGGUAAAGAUUUUGUGAAGCAGGUGCAGAAAGACGAGGUCGUUGAAGACAGUCACCCGAUAUUAGUAACGAAAGUUAUAAAACGUGAAAUGGUUGACGACGGAGAACCGGAAGUAGUUACAAAAAUCGUGAAGCGUGAGAUCGUCGAAGAAGGAGAACCGGAAGUAGUCACCAAAGUUAUAAAACGAGAAAUUAUUGACGAAGACGAACCGGAAGUGGUAACUAAGAUCGUGAAACGUGAGAUCAUUGAAGAGAGUGAACCGGAAGAGAUAGUCACCAGAAUCAUAAAACGCGAAAUAAUCGAAGAGGGAGAACCGGAAGUGAUCACUAAGAUAAUAAAGCGCGAAAUUCAUGAAUCCGAAGAAGAUUUCGAUACAACAGGAAGGACUGGUGAGGUCAAGAAAAUCGUUAGUCGUGAGGGAACACCGGAAGUUACAGAAACAAUAACGACAAGGACAUCAAGAACAAUCGUAACUGAUGCAGCACCCAUAGGAAGGCCAUCGAGUUCGUCAUCAGACAUAGAAAAACCGGAACUCUAUACAAGAAUAAUCUCAAGCGAAGGUACACCGGAAAUUGUGGAGACGAUCAAGCGAACAAAGAAGAUCACUUCAGAAUCCGGUCCGGAGUACGUGACGAGGAUUGUGAGUCGUGAAGGAACACCGGAAAUCCAAAAAACAACUGACGUCAAAAGAAUAGUGACAACGGUGACGACAAUAACCGGUCCUGAUGGUGAGGUCAUCACCAAGAAGGACGUUAAGGAAAGUUCCGAUGUCCUAGACAGCGAGCAUCUUCUGGAGAAGUUAAUCGACUCUUCCCAAGGUCAAGAGAAAACCGGCAAAAGACGCGAGGACGACGAAGAUAAGAAAGUCAGCGAGGAGAGAUUCGUGAGCGAGACACCGGAAGGACUGAGAACUGAAGAGAUCAUCAGGAGGACAGUAACCACGGUAACCUCGACCUCAGGAACGUCAUCGCCUGACGUCAAAACUUUCUUUGAUUCCGGCAAGUCUACCCCGGAUUCCAAGGAUCAAUCGGAAGUGAUCAGGGCACCACUGGACAAGUCUGAAGUGGUCGUGUCACCGGCCGUCAGAGAUUUGAUCUCCGACGACAAGAGUUACUCUGGAAAAUCAUCCCCAGAUAUAUCCCUACCUAGAGAUAUUGUCUUCAGUGGCUCCACUGGCAAGUCCACCCCAGAAAUUCCAGUGUCACCCCUGAUCAGAGAUGGCGCCUCGAUGCAGCCCUCUGGAAGAUCAACACCCGAUAGAAAAUCCGAGGGCCGAUCCAGGACCGCCACUCCCGAAGGAUUCCGAUCAGGUGAAGUGAUUCGCACGACCAUCACGACUACCAGGACGAUGUCCGACGACGGUGAGAUCAUCACGACUACGAAGGAGAUCACUGAGGCAACCAAUGAAAAGGGCGAGACCGUCGUCCUGGCAGAGAAAACCGACGUCAAGGUUGACGACUCCAGGACCAGUUCAGAGAUGACGCAGGAACCGCGCUACUCCGAUGAAGAGACGCCAGCUUCGCCAUUAUCUUCGACGUCCCAGGAUGGGAAGUCUCUUGAAUUCUCAGCGGCUGCCAUGAGUAGCAGCUUCUACGGAGAGCUACCAACUGUACCACCAUUGACAACUGUCAAACCCGCCUUUACUGAUCCUGCCAGCAGAAAGAUCAGCGAGCCAAUUCCAAUUCAGUCCGACUACUCGUUCAAGAGAUUCACCGUUGAGAAAGAAUUCGCUGGCGGAUACGAACCAAAAUCUGAAUCCAAAAAGUAUGUUGACGAAGCUGAUAUGGAUUUUGAAAAAGCACUUAUGGAUGGAAAGGACAAGGAUACCGUUGGAUAUAGCAACGGUACUCUUGCACAGUUAUCCAAUGGCUCCAAACAGCUGGACCCGAUGGCUGCCUCCUUCGUUGAAGAUUCCGAUGAUUCCAAAGAUCCCAAAGACAAGAAAGAUCCUCUUGCAGGAUGGGGUGCUCCUUUGGGAUUGCCGUCGCCAAAACCACCAAGAAAGUUCAAUCUCAGGAAAUCUGCAGUAAAUGCGAGUUCAGUGGAAACGACGGAAACAGCUUUGGAAGGCUUGAACUUCGACGUGAUUAAUGACUGGGGUGAACCCUUGGCACUUCCUACUCCGGCACCUGCGCCAAUGGCUAAUGAAGUGUCGAAUAAGGGUGCACCGGGUACACCGAAGAAGGAAAGGAAGCAGCCGAAGAAGGUUGUGUCUGAAAAUAUCAAGAAUAAAAAGAGAUCGGAGAGUCCUGGUAAAAAUGAGAAAAAGAACAAGGACUCGAAGAACAAAGUUCAGCCAGUUUAUAUGGAUCUGACCUACGUACCUCAUCAUGGAAACUCGUACUACACCUCCUUGGAAUUCUUCAAGAGGAUCAGAGCAAGAUAUUACGUUUUCAGUGGAACUGAACCAAGUCGUGAAGUCUACGAUGCUCUUCUGGAAGCCAAGAAAACUUGGGAAGAUAAAGAUUUAGAAGUGACCAUGAUCCCAACUUACGAUACGGACACGUUGGGUUACUGGGUUGCGGAUAACGAAGAGGCAUUGGCUGCCAAUCAUAUUGAUCUGUCGCCAUCAGCUUCACGUUGCACGAUCAAUCUUCAAGAUCACGAAACUAGCUGCAGCGCCUACCGGCUUGAAUUCUAGGGAAUGGCAGCAUGCUCAGCCGUAAUAGUCGAGUUCUGAGCUCCGUCCGGAUAUUAUCUCGUCAUUCCACAUCCGGACAAUCCAGUACGAGUCACAAUAGAAAAGCCGCCAUCAAAGAUCAUCACUGUUUGACCUUUGUACCGGUUCGUUGCUUAUGACGUCAUCACGCUGAUACCUCAAAUAUCAUGUACAACUAUGGCCGUAAGUCAUCUGAAGUACGAGUACAAUAUAACAAGAAAAGCUGCGGAUCGUUACAAGUUGGCAUUAUAGGUUAGAAAUUCGAAAAAAAAUAUUCAUCUUUAGGAAUUUUUGAAUUCUCGCAGGUCCAAACCGGUCAUUGUUGAUCAUAGACCUAACCUAUCUUACUCAAAUUUCGUUACGUGGCUUCCCUUAGGAUACCCAAACGAAUCGAUCGAGUUUAAAUCGAUAGACGAGAUAAUAAAUUAUUAGAAACAAUCUUGUAAGAUUGUUUAAAGGAUAAUUAGUGAAAAUCCUUUUGUCUACGAAUAACACGCCAACUUCUUGUAUAUGGCUUAGUUGAAAAUGAUAAAGAAAUGUUAUCGGUCAUUUUUUCUGGAACACAUUCAUAUACGAUAAUCUAAUCCGCCGAUCAUGCGAUUGUCUCCCAGUGAUAUAUAUAUACAGGACGCUAAACUAGCAUUACGUCUUUUCCAAGUGAAUGACAACUCGGAUGACAUAACUUCUUAAACAUUUUCUACUCGAUCACGUUUCAAGAAUCGCACCACGCGGUCCGUAUGCGCAAGUUAUGGGACACCCACACCAAACCACGAUCCCUAUAUAUUUGAACCGAGGAGAUUACGUAGGAUUUUCAAAUUCCCGGACAAGAGUGUAAAACUAGAUAAGAUAGCGAGGAGAAGUCAAAAAGCCGAUUGACAAAAGAACAAGCAGGGUUUGAAUGAAAGGAAAGAAAAAAAAACAGACAAACAUCAUCCCAUUAAAGAUAGAAAAUUAAAAGGAACAAAAAAAAUUACUCUUUUUAAUAUCUCGACACAGCUGCCGCUUUACCAGCACCGCGUAUAGUUAUUUCACAUUUGACAAACCGACCUGAUGUGACGCAAGCGAAACGUACCGUGUGACGAAGAGCCUAUUCGAUCCCAGAUGCCAGAACUCUGGGGACGAGUUGGAUUCCGAAAUGCUGAUGGUCCAUUUAAUCGAAGAAGGCUAAUCUGUUUUUUUGAAUGGAAAUAAGUCAAGUCAAAGCAAAAUCUUACUUGUCGGACAUUCGUAACGAUACUAGUCAUUGGAAUACGAAAUUUGGAAUACGACUUGGGCGCUCCAGUCGAGGAUUCCCCGUACUAAAUUAUAACUGUCGUACUGAAAGUCGAUUCAAAUAGAAAAGCGGCGUGGCUAAAAUAAUAAUGAACAGUAACGUUUUCAGAUAAUAGAUAGUGAUAACGAGGCCGAGGGACUAAAAUGGGGAAGGGGGUGGACGUGAUACGAAUUUAAAAAAAAAAAGAGACGGAAAAGCCUCGUACAAUGAUUAAUGAUUUAACGUGUCGUAAAUGUCUAUGCCUACAUAAAUGACUAUAUUUACACGAGGGAGUACAUAAACGUUAUUCUAUAUCGUAUUUCUAUGUAUCUAUAGGAGAAGUGGGAGAGAUAUGCGCGCCAUGUUUAAAAAUGCAUAGAUAUAUUAUAUAUAUAUAUAUAUCCUAUAUAUAUAUAUAUAUACACACACAUAACUCGUGCGACGUCAUUAGGGCGUCAAGAUGGUAGAGAGAGAGAGAGAGAGAGAGAGAGAGAAAGAGAGAGAGAGAGAGAGAGAGAGAGAGAGAGAGCUAUGGAACAAGAGGGGUAGAAAGAGUGGUAAACAAAAAUGGCCGACGAUGACGUUGAACGUUAACUAAAUAAGAUGGUCAUCGAAAUGUGUUUCGCGUUUCGCGUUGUUGUUAAAAAAAAUAUCCUUUUGAACCAAACGAACAUUGAACGGACUCCUUCGAAAGUACUUUGAAGCUAAAGAAAAAGAAAAGACGUACAAGCUGACACAAAGUGAGACGACUCAAUUAUGAAAGUGCGUAACACUCGGGACAAGGGAUUGGGAUGAAAAUUGUGACACGAAAUAGUAAGGCGGAUAAGGAGGAACGCGAUAAUCAAGAGAGAAAAAGGGAAAUCAGAAUUAAAAAGAAAGACAAGAUCCAUCCAACGGACUUAGGUCCGCGAACGUAUGCUAUUUUUGAAUUUACGCACGUCCGUGGUUAAUACUAUCGGAGUACGUAUGGGGAUAGAAAAAAUGGCGGACGGUCAUUGGUAUUAGAGGUUAAUCAUUGACCCGCGUAAAUUCGAAAAUCCGAACUUAGAAAACUUAAAUUUACAUAUAUUAGUUCAUAGCCGAGGCAGUGUUGAGCGACAGAUAGUGAGAGACGGAGAGGGGAGUUUUUUUGAGAAAAAUGCUGAUUUAAUAAUGUAACGUGGGUGAAAAAAGAAACCAAAAAAUAAUAAUAAUAAUGAUACGAGCGUUCUAAAACUUUUGUACUUAUUCCUCUGUCAGCUAUAGCGAUUUAUAGUUGGAUGCGAUUGACGAUGAUAAACGUGGAUGAUGAUGAUGAUGACGGUGGCGAUGACUAUGUACGUGACGAUAAUAAUGAUGAUGAUGAAUGCCUGAGGACCGAGAUUGACGUAUGAGGAUGUGCGAAAGUUUGCGAAAAAAAAAUGACUAGAUAUGAAAUUUCGUAAUUGUUUCUCUUAUUGGAAAAUCGUAUGGAUCCGGUCUAGUGGAUUUAUCGUACGACGUUAUUGAGUUGAAUUUGUUUAUCCUCGAUGAUUUAUCGACUAAGUUAUACAUACCAGUAGACAAUUCGUAUCGGCGUAAUACGAUUAUCAUUUUCCGAAUCGGUUGCAUUUAUUCCCGGCAGUCAUUGCGCGCCGGUUAAUUUGCUUUACCAAGGUGGACGUUACGGAUAUUCAAAUUGUUCACGAACAGUCUGACGAUGACUCGACUGACGAUUGUCAACAGUGUCGAAUGUCCGUGAACAAUGGAGUCGCCAGAAUUCACCUUGCGAUCGCUCAGCUGAAAACUCAUUGUUUGACUUUUACGCAUAGUUAGAACCUAGAGACUUUUAGCGCUGCGAUCGGUGGCCCCCACGCGGUACCAGCCCAGAAGCGCGGCAAAUUCAAAAACUGCCGCGAGUUGUGUAUUAUAGCGGAAGUAAACCUAAAGCGAAUAGAGAGAGCGGAAGUGAGUUGCGUCGAUAGCUGCUACCACGUGGACGGUGGCGAUCGAGUCGCAGCAAAUUAGUACGUAAGUUUUUCUACCGCCCGCCUACUUUUUCCUGGUGGCUUAUAAAACGGAAAAAAAAGAAAUUAAUGAAAAAAUUAAUAGCCCAGAUUAUUUAAUCGUUCGCGCAUAAUGUGCCAUUGCGUUGACUCGUUAUUUAUUUAUUUACGCGUAUAAACAUACCCGCGAUAUCUUUUCUACCCCCUUAUAGGUUAUGUGCACGUUCCGUCACUUAUUUAUACUUAAGUGUCUCUUUAAUAUAUGUUAUUUAAAAAUUUUUUAUUAUGGAAACAAUGAGAUUUGUAUAACAGCUGCUCGUUCAGUGGCCCGAGACACAAUAAAAUAUUGGGAAAAUGGUGAGGCAGAUUGUUGAAAACGAAAUAGGGCAGAAUGAGGUCGAAGAUAAACACAUAUAUACACAUACUUAUACACAACGACACAGACCGUACAUAUAUCCGUACAUAUAUGUACACAGAUGAGACAUACGUACAUGUGCAUGACUUAUGCGUAAGGACGUUUAUGAAAUCGAGAUUUAGGUUAGGAUAUUAAAAAGUAAAUAAAAGCGAGCCGGGCGACGAGACAGAGAGUGAAGUGACGUUGAGAGAUCAUUGCUAUUAUGAUUAUUGCUAAUAUAUUAUCAAUAUAUUUUAUUAUUAUUCAGCAACGUUAACAGAUUAUUAUCGUUCACAUUUAUUCCGCGGAUCAAAGUAUUUUUUAAUGUUCUUUCCUGUAACUUCACGGAGCUUCUCGCUCGGUAAUCCAAGUCGGUCGGUAAUGUAGAGAGAACGAAAAUGGAAUUCGAGGCGACAGUGCGCGGGAAAUAAUUACCGACGUGUUCGCAAAGUUGAUGAAAACGACGACUAGGACGAUGAUAGUAAAGAUGCUUAUAAAGAUACUUAUGAUGAUGAUGGUGUUGACGACUGUUGACGUGACUAACGAUUGACGACUAUACGGUGUACCUUUGUAUUUAUCUAUUAUUUAUUGACGAUGGAUUUAUGAUGAAAUAAAGAAUGACCAGCUAUCUAGGUAGGAUGUUAAAAUUAUGAAAUUAAAUUAAAUUUAAUAUUGUCAAUCGGAAGUGAUGCGAGAAACUCUCUAUAUAUAUAUACACGGUACAUAACCAAACACGUACGCGCAAACACGAUGAUACAGACACGUGAUAUACUAACGAUACAUACGGAGGAUUACGUAAGUACACACAUGUACACACACGUACACAUACACAACCAUACACAGAGACACCGAUGAACUUAAUGGUGAGAAUUACAAUUAGGAGCGAGCUUUCAAUGAAACAAUUUUAGAGAGGAUGCAGUGAGAUGAUUUAAUGACGAUAGUGAUUUGCUGUAACGCGAUGAGAAACAACACCUUUACGAACCCCCGAGGUCACGAUGCGACUCUUUUUUAAUGGUGGUUUAAAAUGGCGACUUUUGAUACGAGGGAGAUGGUUGAAAAAUCUUGAAAAUUAGAUAUGAAAUUUAUAUGCGCCUGAUCGCUUUUUGUCUGUUCGAUAUCAUUGACGCGAUUUUAUUGUACUCGAAUAAACAUCAUUUGGGGGGGUUCGGUAAUCUAUGAUUUUUUUUUUUAAAGAGAUCGACGCAUUUUGUGUCGUGAAUUUUGGAAAUUUUGCUGGGCAAUUUAAAUGAUAGUGAUGUAUUUUAAAAUUUAUGAAAAGUAGAUUUUUUUAGUAAAUUUUCGAUUUUUUUU